ACGGCAUUGUUUGACAGGAGGCUGUCCUUUACUAGCCGAGGUAGCAUGGACGAGCUAACCAACGUUUCACACCCUUUGCGUUAACUGUGAAGUUAUCGGUCCUGUGCGUUUGUGGCCCCCUGCCCCUCUCAGGUCAGAGCUGAGGGUUGGGGUCAGCUCCUGGGCUAAUGUCCCACGUUACCGGUGAAGAGGGGGGUCUAUCUGAGGCUGCCCCAGAAGUCAACAACCAAGAGAAACCUACUCAGAAAACAGAGAAGGCACCUGAGGAUCAGGUGCCGCCUGUGGUGGAUGAGGCCUCUCCUUCUUCCACAUCUUCCUUUGAGUUGCUGGACAUGGAGUUGGUCCCAGCUCCUUAUCAAGAAGUGCAGCCUCACUGGUUCUUCUGUCCACGGGCUAAUGACAACACAACGUGGCUUCCUUUCAGCAGAGAAGACUCUGACAAACUAGAGAAUGCCUUUAACACUGUUGGAGAUAAAGAGGGGGAUGAGGUGGUGAUAGCUGUGGAUGGAGAGCGGUAUGACGUACAUGUGAGGGAGAGGAAGCGCUACGCUGUGUACUGGGAGCAAGGCCCCACUGAAGUACGCCGCUGUUCCUGGUUCUACAAAGGGGACAAAGACACCAAGUUCCUGCCUUACCCCGAGGACUUCAGCAAACAUCUGGAGGAGGCCUAUAUGGUUGCAGUCACCUUGAAUGAAUGGAAGACUGAACUGGAGUUUCCCUCUGGAGAAACUGUCAUUUUACACAAUCCCAAACUGAUAAUGCAGUAUCAGCCAAUAGGAUUGCAGGAUGAGUGGCAGUCGUCCCCCUCGGAGCAGACACGGCCUCGCACAGUCAAAAGGGGAGUGGGAAGCAUCUCUGUAGAAAUACCUGAAGGUGAACCAGAAAAGGUGGACCACCUUGUCUUUAUGGUCCAUGGCAUCGGGCCUGCAUGUGACCUGCGCUUCAGAUCCAUCAUACAGUGUGUAAAUGACUUCAGGAGUGCUUCCCUGUCCCUCCUGGGCUCUCACUAUAAGCGCGCCCAGCAGGACGGACAGGUCGGGAGAGUGGAGUUCCUCCCAGUGAACUGGCACAGCGCUUUACAUGGAGAUGCCACUGGUGUGGACGAGGACAUCCAGAGGAUCACGCUGCCGAGCAUCAGCAGACUGAGACAUUUCACCAACGACACUCUGCUGGAUCUGUUUUUCUAUAACAGCCCCACCUACUGCCAGACCAUAGUGGACACAGUGGCCUCAGAGAUCAACAAACUCCACACCCUCUUUAAACAGAGACACUCAGAGUUCGAUGGGGCCAUUUCAGUGGUGGGCCAUAGCCUGGGUUCUCUGAUACUGUUUGACCUGCUAACCAAUCAAAGGAAUGGAUCAAAUGCCAGACAGGGGGUUCUCUCUGGAGAAUCCUUUCAGCUGCACCAAGACACGCUGCAGGACACUUUGACCAGACUGGGCCUGCAGCAGUACCUGGAUACACUGCAGGCAGAAAACCUAGACCUGGAAUCAUUGGCUCUUUGCCAAGACAGUGAUCUCAGAGAUUUAGGAAUUCCUCUUGGACCUCGGAAGAAGAUCUUGAACUACGUCAGGAAGAAAUGGCUUUCAGAGGAUAGUAAGACACGAGCUGGACGUCUGCCCCCAGGAAUACAAGUCCAGCCUGAAGCGAGCAGCGAUAACGAUGGUAACCAAUCUUCAGCAGCGUUUAAGAGGAAUGCCCACUUCCACAGGACGCAGUCCGUCACCAGUGCUGUAGAGUAUGAAUACUUUGAUGUCGGCAUUGGACAGGUAUCCAUCAACUACCCACAGCUGGCUUUCCACCCGCAAACAUUUUUUGCUUUCGGCUCUCCGAUUGGGAUGUUCCUGACCGUGCGCGGGCUGAAACACAUCGAUCCCAACUACACCUUCCCAACCUGCAAGAGCUUUUACAACAUCUACCACCCGUUUGACCCUGUGGCCUAUCGGAUAGAGCCUAUGAUUGUGACAGAGGUGGAUCUAGAGCCCAUGCUGAUCCCUCAUCAUAAAGGCCGCAAGAGAAUGCACCUGGAACUGAAGGACAGCUUGACCCGUAUGAGCAUGGAUUUGAAGAACAAUGUUUUAGGAUCAUUACGGACAGCGUGGCAGUCUUUCGCCAGGAUACCAGUUGCUGCACUUCCCCCGGUGGAUGAAGCAAACACUACAAUAGAGAAUGACCUUCAAGAGUCACCGGCCUCAGCGACAGUCUCUGCUUCUGCUAAGAGGGAAGAGCAAAGGGCUGAUUUUUGGACUAAAGUACUGGAAUGGCCCAGGGCCCUUCAUAAGCAUAACCUACAAGGAUUGUGUGAGGAGUCAGAGUCCUCAGAAUCAGCAGAGCAGAGGGAGCAGCCAGAGAUUAAAGUGGGGAUGUUGAACGAAGGACGAAGGAUAGACUACGUACUUCAGGAAAAACCUAUCGAAAGCUUCAACGAGUAUCUGUUUGCUAUCCAGUCUCAUUUGUGUUACUGGGAAUCUGAGGAUACUGCUCUCCUGCUGCUAAAGGAGAUCUACGACAAGCUAGGUGUGGCCUUUGAACAGCCCCAACAGUGAUAAAGUUUUAUGAUUGUAGACUUGAUUUUAAGGUCACCUGAAAGUGAGAAAGUAAACAACAGCUACCAGAGCCUGAGGCUGCACAAUCCUCUUCCAGAAUGCCUUAUUGUCCAGGUGUUACCAGACUGCCCCGCCCUCCCUGACAGUAGAGACUGUUCGACUGCAGUCAGGUGAUCUGCGUUCAGAUAUGUCAGUCAACCGUCAUUUGAGGUGGCCAUGGCUUCUUGGUGCUGCAGGACUGAUGUCUGAUAGUUGUUUUAAAUCUAACUGAACAUCUCUGUCAUGCUCCUGAUCCCAAUUUUCUGUCUACACAUUAUCUGUACUUACUUUUGCACUUUUAUUUUCCAACAUUUGUUGACAUAUCAUGAGUACAGCUGCAGUUGAAAAGUGAAAUAAUCCUCAUGAUAACCCGAAGACUCACACAGUUGGAAAAACAGCAUAUCAAUGUAUUGGACAACAAAAAGCAUCCUUAAAAAGCACCAGAUAUAUACAGUAUAUGUAUCAUUAAAAUAGAUUAUAAUAUUUUAAAUGUUUCUUUUUAUUUAUUUAAUAAAAGUGGCAAUAGACAAGUUAUUUUGCUUUAAGUUAACAUUGAUUGUACGAUGUAAAAUGUAUAAAAUACGCAUUUUAAUUGGUUUCCUAUUAGCCUCGUUUUAACUAUGCAAAACUGACUAAGAUCUCCUGGCAAAAUGAAGGUUUGAUUUACAGCAAGACGUGCAAAACAAAAUCCAGUGCGUCCUGUGUAGUAUUGCCAACUCUUUUCCACUGAGUGUAACGUUAAAAAGUCACUAGAAGUUGCCAGAUGACAUUCUACACUCAUAUUGGUAAAAUCAUUGUGCAAUAAUUUGCAUAAAGCUUGGUGUUUUAGGUUCCGCCUCGGCAAAGUGCAAGAGGAGAGUGAGAAAUCGUAUGUUGUUGGCAGAAUAACCGUUGAGAGUAAUUACUCUAAGCAGCAUUGGUAUUGAAUAACUAAAUAAUAUAUUAGAAUAUAUUUCUUAUUUUUUCUGUGAUCGCCAGAAUAGCUAUCUUAAUUUAAGUAUAGGAUCUCUAAAGGGAAUCUAAAUCUGGUUGUCUCUUCGUUCUAUAAGUGCAAUCAACCAUGAAGAUCAAAUCCAGAACAUAUAGAACAAAAAUUCCACUUUAAAACGAUAAGGGGGAAUUGAAAAGUUGUCUAUUUGCCACUUAAACUUGAAAAGGAAGCUCUCCUUUAGCCUAACAUUAGACCUUACCUUUAUAAAUAAGCAGGUCUGCUGGUUUUAUUUUGUUGACAGUAAAAAUGUUUAGGUUCUGAAGGGAAAUGAAGAUUGAUAAUUUGUCUAUUGGCAGCUAUUUUAGCUUUCUGUCAAAAGGAAUGCCACUUUAAACCCAAAACUACACCUACAUUUGCUGUGCAAUAUUACAACAAUGUAGAUGACACUUCUUUUUCAUUUCACUGAUGUGGUCCACAUUUCUAGUUCAUCUUGCCUUCUAAUAAUAUGUGUUAUUUUACUUGCAAUGUGUAUUUGUGUGUUUUUGUUUAGUUUUUUUAGUUUAAACCAGUCUAUACUCAUAGAAGGGAUCCUGAUGAAGAUACAGUCUGUGUCAGAAAUUUAAAGAGAUGCAGGGGAAUGAAAAGGACAAGCUUCAUCUCAGAGUGUGUGUAUGUAUGUUUUAUGUACAGAACGGCCAGCUCUACUCUAUCUCCCUGAGGCCUGGGCCAUUCAUUCCUUCUCUUCCACUUCUAAUCCUUAAUGUUUCUGUCUGUGUCUCCUAAUCUCAGUGUGUUAUUUAUCCCAACACAUGGUUAAUUCCAAUACAGAGUGGCAUCUCAGAUCAAUAAUUCUAACUUUUUAUAAUCUAAGGGCCAAAUGCUACAUGUUUCUCUCAUCUGUUCCUUUGUAUCAAGGUAUUGUAAAGUCAUAUUCUGUACUGCAUGCACUUUUUGUAAAGUAACAGAAGGGUUUCUCUUCAUUUUCUGGUCCUGACCUUAAUCUAAGGAACCAAAAAUAAUGUUCACAAACCCAGCAAUAAGAGAGUUAUCACUUUUAAUUUGAUUAUAUAGAAAUUAUGUUUUGCUGCCUAUCAACUUAUUUUGUGUAAAAAUAUAAACGACAAAUAUCAAUGGAUCAAUGUUAUUACAAAUUUGCACCAUCAGGCAACAUGGGGUCCACACUACAACAUUGAGAAAUGGGGAGAUUUAGAGUUUUAACUUUACAAAACAACCCGUACGAUAUGCACUGUCAGGGCAACACAGCCCAAGCACUAGAGCUCUGCACAAAACAUGAAGUAACAUCACAAGGUUGUUUAUUUUAUUCCAAUAAGUUGCACUGAACAUUUAUUACCAUUGAACAUCACUAUUGUCUCUGUCAUAUCUGUUUAAGUAAAACAGGAUUUAAAAGUCACUAACUCCUCUUCCUUAACAUAAGUACUGUUUUUGCACUUGAUACUGAAAUGUUUAAAUAACCAAAAAACAAAUGUUCUCAUUUCUAAAUAGACACCCUAUGAUAACAUGUUGUGUGUGCCAUAAUAAAACUUUACAAGUG